AUGGGAAACUGUUUCUCCGACCCGUCUCACCAACCUUCCAAAGGACAGGGCCAAGGACAGAAACUCGGUUCCGGUCCUACACCCUCUCAACAGCAGAAAACGCAGACGAAGAGUACCAUCAGAUCACCUACGAAUCAUGAACCACCUAGAACGCUGGGAGGUGGUAGCGUAAGUGGAAGUGGGGAUAUAGCAGAUCCGAGGGAAAGGGCUUUGAAAGCUGCUGAAGAGAGAGCGAAAGCUUCUCAGAACAAAGGUGUCAACACGUCUAAUCCGAAAGCGGGACAAUUAUCUGCCAAGUUAGCUGCUGAAAAUAGGAGUAAGAGUACUUCGAAUAAUGCAAAUGAUCAACGGAUGAUGGAUCGAGGUGAAUGGAAUUAA